GGAGUGCGCGACGCCGCCCGCGGGGCUGCCGCCGCCGCUUCCCCUCGCGGCGCCGCCGCUGCCCACGGGAUCCCCGCCGAGGAGACGACUAUUAUUGGAAACUCUGGAGUGUAAAGAAGAGCUGCUUCGGGUAGGUGAUGCUCAGAGAUACUAUGAAGUCCUGGAGCGACAGCCAGUCAGACCUCUAUAGCAGUGACCAAGAAGAGGAAGAACAGAUGAUUUUUGGAGAAAAUGAAGAAGAUUUGGAAGAGAUGAUGGAUUUAAGUGACUUGCCUACCUCACUCUUUGCUUGCAGUGUCCAUGAAGCUGUAUUUGAGGUACAGGAGGAAAAGGAAAGAUUUGAAGCACUUUUCACAAUCUAUGAUAAUCAAGUUACAUUCCAGUUGUUUAAAAGCUUUAGAAGAGUAAGGAUAAACUUCAGCAAUCCAGAGGCAGCAGCAAGAGCACGGAUAGAACUGCAUGAAACUGACUUCAAUGGAAAAAAGCUGAAGCUAUAUUUUGCACAGGCACAGGUGUCCAAUGAAAUAGGAGACAAGUCCUACCUCCUUCCUCCACAACCUGUCAAACAGUUCCUGAUAUCACCACCUGCAUCUCCACCAGUUGGAUGGAAGCAGAGUGAAGAUGCGACUCCUCUGAUAAACUAUGACUUGCUAUGUGCUGUCUCCAAGUUGGGGCCAGGGGAGAAGUAUGAACUUCAUGCAGGAACAGAAUCGACUCCUAGUGUAGUUGUCCAUGUCUGUGAAAGUGAGACAGAGGAGGAAGAUGAAAUAAAAAAUCCCAAACAGAAGAUCAUGCAGACAAGGCGUCCAGAACCACCUACAACAAUACUGAAUGAAUCUAAAGCAUUUGAUUGUACACUGGAGAAAUGCCAAGUAUUUGUUUUUAAUUUGACAUGAGGCACAAAUACAUGUAUGGAACUAAAUUAAAGCAGUUUUCCUAACUGAAUGGAGAAGAAUACAGGCAUAAGAACCACAGACCACUGAAAAGGCAGAGUCUGAGUCUGUCUCCAGAACUACUGCUGCUACUAUCUGUGACGGUACACUGAUAGGUACAAUAGUUUGCACUGACAACUAAUUAGAAAUGAAUUACACUAUAUGUAGUGUGAAAUAUUGAUUCAGCUAUUGAAUGUGUUGUCUCUGAUCCUCUCUAAAAAGAUGGUAAUGUUUGUUCCUCUCCAGUCAUAGAGAAGACCUGCACUUAUAAAUAAAUUCAGGGACUGUUAUGUUAUGACUGAAUGAUGUUAGGAAAUAAAAGGUCCAGGGUCAGUUUUGAACUUGUGCUUCUGAACAUAUACAGGCUUUCUUUUUUUUUUUUUUUCUUCUUUUAUUUUUCUUAUUUGCCUGGCUUAGCCAGCUUUUAUGCAUUUUUGGCAUUUGCUUCCUGUUUUUCAUUAAGACUUUCUUUGUGUGGCAUUCUGUAUGUCUAAUAUAGCCUCUGCUAGUUCUGAGACCAGGAUGCAUCUUUUAAAAUACAGAUCUGAAACAUCAUGAAUUUCUCUGUUAAGUGUUUUAGUAGAAGAAAAAUAUGCCUCAGUAUAGUGACAUAUGCUUCUAUGUUUUUAUGCUAUUUUAUAACCAACCUUUUUUAAUCUACACAGAUUCUUCUUUUUUCUAUUAAAAAGUUAAUUAUUUGUGAACAAACUAGGCUGCUCAUGUUCAUAUAUAUAAAUCAUUCAUAAAUUGGCCUUUUUCAAAUUAUUUUAGUGGUGUUGAAUUCUAUAUAAAGUGCUUAUUGAACUUUCAAAAUUGAUUGACAUCAGAGAGGAAAAAGUGGACAUGAAUUUGUGUAGGUGCAGUUGUUUGAAAUUCCAUCUGGUGCCACCUCUUGAUCCUUUCCUGCCACCAGCUUCAGGUUGCAAAAUAGGAUCCUGCAGGCAGGUCCUCCUUCCAGAGGCAGGAAUAGUAUACAUUAAAAAUGUUGGAAGAUGUGUUCUGUUUGUCUUGCCUCCACAGGCAUGAUAUUUAUGUAUCUCUUCAGGUAUUAACAUCACUCAGUCUGACUUCUGUAUCACUGUUCCACAUUUUUUUUUUAAAAAAAAAAAAAGAGUAUUGUCCAUCAGGUUUGUGCAUUUUUAAAUUCCAGAAAUCCGUUUGGGAUUUUCUGUGGUGUUUGUAUUUUGUUAAUUGAUUAAUUUCUAUCCCAUUGUAAAAGUUGGUAUAAGUAGAGUUAAGUGGAAGAUCUUCAGAAACAGUUUUAUAAAGCAAAUAAAACCAGUAAUGUUAUUGUCAAUGUAUCUUGUGUAAAGUGUAUAGCAACUUGCAUUCCAACAUCUUUCAUUGUGUAAAGAGAUUUAAAAUAAAAACAGUGCGGUGCCAUUCA